GGGAGGAGCCUCCAGUGAAAGUGAAAGUGUUCAGACUCGUUCUAACUUCAAGGAGCAGAAGGAGGAGACGUGAAGUCUGAGGCUGAUUAACAUUGAAACUGGUGUGAAAGAUCAUUUCACUGUGUUCUGCUGUAAACUGAGCACAGAACCAGAGGAAAUACACCAGACCUUGAAUAUCUAGAAGAGCAGCGUGGCCUGAACCACAACUGAGCCGCAGCCGGUGAAACAUGGGCUCGGACACUUCAAAGCAAGUUGGACCCUCACACACAAAAGGUCAGGACCACAGACUGAGAGCAGAGUCUCCAGGGUCCAGCUGUCUGUCUCUGAAGAGUGACCAGUCCAUGGAUCCUCCUCUAGACUUCAGUAAUGAACCUGGACCCUCACACACAGAGGAGAGGAAGAGGAGUCAUGUUUCUGAGGAGGAGCAGUCGUCCUGCUGUGCUUCGUGUCAGGACGUCCUGAAGGAUCCAGUCUCCACCAGCUGUGGACACUGGUUCUGCAGACAGUGCAUCACCUCAUACUGGGACCAGUCUGGUUCUUCAGGAGACUCCUCCUGUCCCCAGUGUGGCAAAAGAUCCAGAACAGGAGCUGGAGGUCAGACAGCCGGUCAGAGCAGCACUGUACAUGUGUCUGCUGAUGUCUUCACUUCUGACAACAGCACAUGUGGUUUUAUUUUGUUCCCUCAUACAGCAUCAACAUUUAACAUCGUUAGAAAAGCACAAAGUUAAAAAGCUUUUAUUUUCUGUAGUUUUUCUGUAUCUGAUGAAAACAAUCAGCAGAUUCUCAGAUUCUCUGUCUCUCACAUUGUUUCUUGUCUUUCAGCAGAUCGUGGUCUGCAGGAGGUUUCAGAUGAACAUAAGCUCAGUCUGAGGAGGAGAUGUGAACAUGUGACUGAAGGAAGUGAUGAAACAGGAAGUAGAACCCUCCUCAACAGGAUCUACACUGAGCUCCACAUCACAGAGGGACAGAGUGAAGAGGUUAAUACUCAACAUGAGGUGAGGCAGCUUGAGACGGCUUCCAAGAUGAAGAUCCUCCAGGACACUCCCAUCAAGGUCCACGACAUCUUUAAAGCCUCCACUGACCAGCAGAGCAGCAUCAGAGUCGUCCUGACCUACGGCGUCGCUGGCGUUGGAAAAACCUUCUCGGUGCAGAAGUUCACUCUGGACUGGGCAGAGGGUUUAGAGAACCAGGAUGUGGGUCUGCUGGCUGUGCUUUCGUUCAGGGAGCUGAACCUGGUGAAGGACCAGCAGCACAGUCUUCUCACGCUGCUCCAUGUUUUCCAUCCAGCGUUACAGAAGCUCACUGCAGAGACGCUCGCUGUCUGUAAACCUUUGUUCAUCUUUGACGGCCUGGAUGAAAGCAGACCUUCUCUGGACUUCAACCACAGGGAGCUUGUGUCUGAGGUCACACAGAGGUCAUCAGUCAACGUGCUGCUGACAAACCUCAUCCGGGGGAAUCUGCUUCCCUCGGCUCUCGUCUGGAUAACCUCCAGACCUGCAGCGGCCAAUCAGAUCCCUCCUGCAUGUGUUGACAGGGUCACAGAAGUACGAGGCUUCACUGACGCCCAGAAGGAGGAGUACUUCAGGAGGAGAUUCAGUGAUGAAGAGCUGUGCAGCAGAAUCAUCUCACACAUCAAGACGUCCAGGAGCCUCCACAUCAUGUGUCAAAUCCCAGUCUUCUGCUGGAUCAGUGCUACAGUUCUGGAGCACAUGUUGACCACAGACCAGAGAGGAGAGCUGCCCAAGACCCUGACUGACCUGUACUCACACUUCCUGAUGGUUCAGACAAAGAGGAAGAACAACAAGUACGGUGAGGGACAUGAGACGACUCCGCAGCAGCUGACGGAGGCUGACAGGGACAUUCUCCUGAAGCUGGGGAGGCUGGCACUUAAACAUCUGGAGGAAGGAAACAUCAUGUUCUACCAAGAAGACCUGGAGCGGUGUGGUCUUAAUGUCCCAGAGGCCUCGGUGUACUCAGGAGUUUGUACUGAGAUCUUCAGAAGAGAGUGUGUGAUCUUCCAGAAAUGUGUCUACUGCUUUGUUCAUCUGAGCGUUCAGGAGUUUCUGGCUGCAGUCUACAUGUUCCACUGUUACACCGAGAGGAACACAGAAGAACUCAACAACUUCUUGGGAGCAUCUAAGAACACAUACAGUACCUCAUACCUGGAUGAGCUCCUGAAGAGAACCAUGAAGAAAUCCCUCACCAGUACAAAUGGUCAUCUGGACCUGUUUGUUCGCUUCCUUCACGGCCUCAGUCUGGAGUCCAACCAGAGAGUUUUAGGAGGCCUGCUGGGUCGGACAGGGAACAAUCCAGAGAUCAUCCAGAGAGUCAUCAACAACCUGAAGAAGAUGAGGAGUGAUGACAUUUCUCCUGACAGAAGCAUCAACAUCUUCCACUGUCUGACUGAGAUGAACGACCACUCAGUUCAUCAGCAGAUGCAACAGUUCCUGACGUCAAAUAACAUUUCAGAGGAGGAACUCUCUGAGAUCCACUGCUCAGCUCUGGCCUACAUGCUGCAGAUGUCAGAGGAGGUUCUGGAUGAGUUGGACCUGAUGAAGAUCAACACAUCAGACCAGGGUCGAUGGAGACUGAUCCCAGCUGUGAGGAACUGCAGGAAGGCUCGACUCGUGGGUUGUCACCUCUCAGAGAUUCACUAUGAAGUCGUGGCCUCAGCUCUGAAGUCAGACCCCUCACAUCUGAGAGAACUGGAUCUGAGUAACAACGACCUGCUGGAUUCAGGAGUGAAGCUGCUGUGUUCUGGACUGGAGAGUCCAAACUGUCGACUGGAGACUCUGAGGUUGAAUGUCUGCAGUCUGUCAGAGAUCAGCUGUUCUUCUCUGGCUUCAGCUCUGAGGUCAAACCCCUCUCAUCUGAGAGAACUGGAUCUGAGAUACAACGACCUGAAGGACUCAGGAGUGAAGGAGCUUCUUGAUCUACGGCAGAGUCCAACCUGUCGACUGGAGACUCUGAGGUGGAGGAGGGGAUCUUAGUGGAGGAAAGAGUGAAGAGGACAGUGUGUGUGGACGGAGGCUGAGCUGUGUCCUGAGGAUCCAGAGGCUGAAGCAGCAGCAGCUUGUGUGUAGUCUCCAAUCUACACAACCCCUAAUCUGCAUGUGUUUGUGAGAUGAAGCCGGAGCACCUGGAGAAAACACGGGGAGAACAUGCAGACUCCACACAGCAACACCCCAUCUGAACCGGAUUCAAACCAGCAACCUUCUUGCCCCGAUUGUGUUUAUUCACAUGAAGAAUGUGUUUAUUGAAACGACACAACACAAGCAGAAUAUAUAAACCCUCUAUAAAGACUCACAUACAGUGUGUUUAAGUUUGUCUUUAUUAUUGUCCACCUUUGUCCCUCAGUGUGUCUCCAUGUGUGUAGAACCACAUUCUGUGUAUAUGUUUGUCUAUGAUCUUAAAGUUCCUGGAUUCACGUUACAAAUUGAUUUAGUUCAACACAAAGUUCAACACAUUGAAAUCACUUUGAAUUUAAAAUCAGAGUUUUGUCUUUGACACAAAAGAUCAAAACUCUGGACUUAAAAAUGGGACGUUUUCAUUUCUGCUUUUCUACUUUUGACCCACAGGUGGCGCUGCAGUAUAACAGCAGCACAUCCCAGUCAAAGCCUUUAUAUUCAGUCUAUGAGUCAAACACAUGGAUCAUUUCCUCUGUGACAAACCAGAUGUAACGAGAAGAAAAACAUGUCAGAGAGAAAAGUUCUGUUUCUACUUGUCUCUGCUUUAAUGCUCAAUAAACAUCCUUCCACCGAC